AUGCUCGCCACCAACAUCGUCAGCCUGUUGUUGCUCGUGGUCUCGCUGCUGGCGCGUCCCGCGCGGACUGCUUCGCGAGACCCCAAGAAGCCCAACUUUGUCUACAUCAUCGCCGACGAUCAGGACUAUGCCACCGCCAACCCCGACAUCAUGCCCCAUCUCCACAAAUGGCUGAGCCAGCAUGGCACCAACUACACCCACUUCUACACGCCCAUGUCCGUCUGCUGUCCGUCCCGCGUCGGAUUCCUACGAAGUCAGCACGGUCAUUCGCACAACGUCACCAACGUCGUGCUUCCCUUUGGCGGCUGGACUCGUUUCGUUGCUCAGGGCUAUCGCAAAGACUGGCUGCCCACCUGGCUCCAGUCCGCAGGCUACAACACCUACUACACGGGCAAGCUGAUGAACGGCAACACGGUCACCAAUUGGAAGACCAGCCCUGUUCUCGGCUUCAACCGAAGCGCCUUGCUCUCUGAUCCGCAGACCUACGUCUACAAGAACGCCUCGUACGCCAUCGAUGGCACCAAGCUCGUCUCCUACCCGGGCAACUACAGCACCGACACGGUCCGUGACUUUGGUCUCGAGUACCUCGACGAGGCAGCUUCUCAUGACAAGCCGUUCUUCGUCGGCAUCGCACCCAUCGGACCACAUGCUCAGACCGAGACCGUCAAUGGCGUUUCCACCUUCACCGACCCUGUCCCCGCCGAUCGUCACCGAAACCUAUUUGCAGAUCACGUUGCACCACGAAAGGCCAACUUCAACCCCGUAAAUGCGUCCGGUGCCAGCUACGUCAAGGACAUUGCGAGGUUGAACGAUACCGUCGUGGACUACCUGGAUGAAUGGUAUCGAAAUCGCUUGCGUGCGUUGCAGGCUGUCGACGAGCUGGUCGAUGCUGUUUUGAGGAAAGCAGAGCAGCUGGGCAUUCUCGACAACACUUAUUUCAUCUACACUUCCGACAACGGGUACACUGUAGGCGAACAUCGACGUCAACCAGGCAAAACCACGGGAUACGAAGAAGACAUUCGCGUUCCUCUCAUCGUCCGAGGUCCCGGUAUAUCCGCCAACGUCCGAAACGACGGCGUGCACAGCAACAUUGAUCUCGCAGCCACCAUCGUACACCACGCCGGAGCGGAACCGAGCUACGACCUGGACGGGAGGGUGAUCGACUGGUCCGCCGGCGACAAACCGAGUUCCCGAGAGAGCGGAACGGCGACCCACCACCUGAGCGAGUUUUGGGUGUCCCAAGUCGGUGGAGCAGUUGAGGGCAAGUACUCGGAUCUGGGUGGAAAAAUCUUGUCGAAGUACAGAACGCUACGCAUCAAGGAGCAGGGUCACGAUUACGCCUACACUCUCUGGUGUACGGGCGAACGCGAGCUGUACGACAUGACGAUCGACUCGGUGCAGAUGAACAACCUGCUCUCCAACUCGACGCUGUAUGGUGCGCUGAACAGCACAGACAGUGAAUCCGAACGACUGGCGUCAAGGCUCGACAGUCUGCUGCUGAACCUCAAGGCGUGCCAGGGGAGCUUGUGUCGACGUCUCUGGUACAACCUCUUCCCCGAAGGCGAGGUGCAGAGUCUGGAUCAGGCAUUGCAGAGCAAGUGGGAUGACUACUUUGACCGCUUGCCGAGGGUGCACUUCGACAACUGCAGGGAUGGAUACUUUCCGACAGAAGAGCUGCCCGCAUGGAGGAACGAGCUGGUGCACGUUAACAAGUCGCUUAUCGCUGCUGCGUAG